GCACUUUAUACAUACACACACACACACACACACACACACACACACACACACACAGGACACACCAUUAGCAGCAGCAUGUGGCUUCUCUAGCUCUCUCUCUCUCUCUCUCUCUCUCUCUCUCUCUAAAGCACACACAGAAGCUCGCUCGUCCUCAGUCAGCGGGCUGUGUGUGUGUUGGACGGAGCUCUGAGACGAUCAGUGAGCAGCAAUGUGGAUGAAGAGGAGGAAGAGGAGGAUGACGAGCGGUGUUUGAUCCGGAAUAAAACUCUACGAGGGAAUUCGAGCUCCUGGCGUUUUAAGUCGAGACCGGUUCCCCUCGAAGACCAGAAUUCGGUUUCUGGGACGAAUCCAGAUUCUGGUUUUUAGGUUGUUGUUUUUUUUUUUUUCUUCAGCUUCUUUUUGUGAACGCUGCAGAUGAAGGAGAAGAGUUUCUGUCUUCUUUCUCUGUUUGGAGGCUUAAAGCAGCAGAGCAGAUGGACGUUCUCCUCAGCCGGACGUUGGUGUAAACUAGCAGAGAGCGAAGACAGCCGGAUGAGAGCUUAAACCCGGAGCAGAGUCAAUGUGACAGAAAUGAAGAACCUGGACCGGUAUGGACGAAGUCAGCUGGAGAGUCUGGUCUGUGCAGCCCUGUCCAGUCUGGUGCUGGUUCUACUGGGACUACUGGGCUCGGUCCACGGCUGUCCUGGUGUCUGCACCUGCUACGGUAACACCACUGACUGCUCUGCUGUCGGCCUUCUCUCUCUGACGCCCAUCCUAGCGCUGCUGGACCAGGACUCUCUGAUCCUCCGCCUACCCCAGAACAACCUCUCCUCCAUGGGCACGACUGAGCUGUCCAACCUCAGCAGCCUGGAGCUCCUGGAUCUUUCCCGAAACCACUUUUCCACCCUGCUGCCUGGAGCUUUCUCAAGCCUGAGCAGCCUGCGCUGGCUCAACCUCUCUGCUAACUACCUCGGGGUGCGCCUGGUGACCUCUGACCCCAACAACACCACAGAGGUCCUCCAGGGCUUGAAUGGAAGUCAAGGGAGCAUUGGGCUGAGCAAGGAGGUUUUUAAGGGUCUGUGGCACCUGCGUAGGCUCGACCUGUCCUCCAAUGGCCUCCUGUGGCUGCCCAAGGGCCUACUGGAUGCACUUCCGAGACUCGCCUGGCUUUCCUUGGCCAGCAACCGGCUGGUGGCCCUUGACAGAGUCACCUUCGAGCCCCUAUUGGGGCUACAGCACCUCCAGCUGGCGGGAAAUCCCUGGGAGUGCGACUGCAAGCUGAGGGACUUCAAGCACUGGAUGGAGUGGUUGAUUUACAGGGAUGGGCAGGUAGAUGCGAUGCAGUGCAGUCUCCCGGGGGAUUUGAAGGGCAGGGACAUCCGCAGCGUGCCGGCAGAGAUGUUCAGCUACUGCCUGCAGAGUCCGACCAAGGAGGGCGCGUCAGGUUACGCAACCCGGCCUCCAUGCCCGCCCGGCCGGGUCAGCAGCAACGACGAAUGUGUUCGUCAGCGCUACCGACCUGUCAGUGUCCGCCGAGCGCACGGAACGCAAAUAGUUGCGGGCGUGAUUUGUGGCACAGUGUGCGUCAUGAUGGUGGUCGCGGCAACUUAUGGCUGCGUCUACGCCUCGCUGAUGGCCCGGUACCAGAGGGAGAUGAAGAACCGAGGCCAGCCUCUGAUGGCCGAGUCCGGAGGCGAGACGGACCUUGAGGACGGGCAAAUGUCAACACCGACCUCACCGAAGGACUCGCCACCCAAAGAGACCUGCGGCAUCGUGCACGGGUAUCGAAUCAGCAGCUUCUGACCCACCGCUUUUUACUGGUUUUAGAUCCUUCCAGGGCGCUCUGGCUGCUUCUGCUCCUCGGAUCUCGUCACUGAGGAGACGACGUCUGGAGAGGAAAACCCUGCGGUUCUGUGGUUGUGCUGCUCUGGGCGGGGACUGACUGUACAGCUAAUGGACCGGACUAGAUUCAGUGAAACUGGAAUGCUGCAGCACUUCUUUUAAUGUAUGGAUGCUCUGUGAAUUGUUAUUCCCUGCGCUGCAUCCCUCAGCCAGCUUUUAAACUCCUCUGAAGCUGCUGUUUGGCACUUCUGCACCUCGACUUCCUUUCAUCUGUGUUUUUGUUUAUUCUUUAGAAAUAUGAAACUACCUUUUUGUUCAAUCUGUUUGGAUCCGAGCCCAACAAGCACAAGCUCCAAAAGUACAAAUGUGAAUCUGUGAAAUGUGAUAUUUCUCCUUUUUCUGCACAAAAUUGUCUUUUUCUUCAUCAGUUGUGUGUAUUUUAUGUUAUAUUUAACACCCCGACUUUGAGAGAUAGCUCUUUGUACCUCUGUUGAGGUGAAAGCCCUGUUGAAUUCCCUCCAAAUAACAGACACUUUAAACCGUGUUAGAGUCCUGCUGCUGUCAGGGAAAUGCUGCUUUCAGCUUCAUCACUGAGGUAAACUGCAUUCAAACAAUAGUAGAGCUGUACUGCCACCUAGAGGCCAAGCUUUGAGCUACAGCAGCUUUCAACCCAGCACAAACAAGCUCAAACACACAAUUAUUCCCAACAUAGCAAAGUACGAGAUACUGUCUGAAAGCGUGUGUCCUAUCAGCCCACAUUAACUGUAACUUCCAUGUGUUUUAUUUAUUAAUUUAGUCCAAACUGUUUGUGAUAAGCACAUGAAACAUUGUCUAAGAAACAACUCAAGGACUGUUAAUCAUGCCGGAGAUAAUAAACUCUAUAUUUAUCUAAA